AUGGAGUCUGACAGAAACCUGUGGGAGCUACCAUAUUACCAUGGAUUGCUUCCGCGAGAGGACACUGUUGCAAUGCUGAAGGCAAAUGGCGAGUUCCUGAUCCGGAAGAGUGAGGAGAAUGCAGGCGAUGCAAGAACGUUCGUCCUGUCGGUCGUCUACGGCAACGUCAAGCACUAUCUCUUCCGCGAGGAGAGGGGGCGCAUUUCCAUCGACUUCAAAUCAGACAAGGGCUACAAAUCAAUAAGGGAUUUCGUCGACAGUCAUAUGCAAAGCCGCCAACCCGUUUGCUCAGCAAGCCAUGUCAUCAUCACGAAGCCCAUUGGGAGGAAGGAUUGGGAGCUGGCACAUGCGGACAUUGUGAACGGAGCAAAGCUAGGAGCUGGUGCAUUCGGCAUUGUAAGACGCGGAGAGCUCAAGCAAAGCGGCGGACAGACGGUGAAGGUAGCCAUCAAAGAGGCAACGUUGACCAAAUGCACAAAGGAGCAGAUAAAGGAGUUCAUGAACGAGGCCCGUAUAAUGCGCAAGUUCAAGCAUCCGAACGUCAUUCAGUCGUAUGGUGAGUUGCAGGAUAUAGGUUCCAUGUAUUUUCUAAAUAUUUUCAAACUAGCGGAGUUGGUCGGCCUUCGGCCGCCCCACCCCGCUAGCAAAAACAAACCAAAAAACAAACUCCAAAUCAACUUAUCACAACCUCAAAAUUGGCCCUAA